UCGCGUCAUAUUGUGCUCCUGCAAAACGGCUGAUAACUAAAACCAGUAUGGCUCUCUUUCUCCGAGUUACGGUGAUGGUCAUGGCUGUGAUUGGGCUGACCAGGGCUGGAUGUCCACCGCUAUGGACUGAAUAUCGUAACAACUGCUACCGUUUCAUGGGUCAUGAAAUGUCGUGGACCGAUGCCGAAAACCACUGUCGGCAGUUCUUUACCAUGAGCGGACAGGGCCAUCUUGCAUCCGUGCACAGCUCCGACGAAGUGGAUUUCCUGAUCCAGUAUUUGGAAUCUUCAUUCAUCUCUGCGUUGGGCAAAACAGUGUGGAUUGGGUGUUCUGACCAGUCCAAUGAAGGCACUUUCAGCUGGACUGACGGCACAGCGUUCGACUACGAGGAAUGGAUUCCUGGACAACCGAAUGAUUACGGUGGGGAAGAUUGCGGUGAAAUCUGGUUUCGAUCGGAGCAUCAGACGGGUUUGAAUGAUCGCCCCUGCUCCGAGCCCCAUUCACAUGUCUGCAAGAUGCCGAUUGGUGUCAUGUGUUGUUAGUGAGUACAGGCGAAGAAAGCCGAUGAAAGCAAACAUGGCUCCAUAACAUUUCAUCCAGACAAAUAAACAAAAAAUCGCUUUCGUCGGCGACAUAGCUGAAUUCAGAAUUGUACGAAGUUGAUUUCAGCUAGCUGCCAGAAUUAUUAAUUAAUCAUCCCACAUUCCACGUGCCGUAUAGCAUUGGUCAACCUCGCCAAAGUCACUCAAAAGAAUUACUCAGCGGAGCCACUCACAACAGUCACCCAACAGGGUAACUCACAACAGUUACUCCCCAGAGUAAAGCCACUCACAAAAGUUACUCGCCAAAGUCAAUGACAACAGUCACCAGAGUAACCCUUAUUAGUUACUCGCUAUAGACACUCACAACAGUUACUCGCCAGAGUCACUCACAACAGUUACCCAACAGAAUCACUCACAACAGUUAUUCCCCGAGUAACUCACAAAAGUUACUAGUAGAAUCCUAUCAAGCCACUCUCAAAAGUGACUCGCCAAAGUCAAUGAAAGCAGUUACUCGCCGGAGUCACAGACAACAAUUAUUCGCCAGAGUCACUCACAACAGUUACUCGCCCAAGUAACUCACAAAAGUUACUAGUAGAAUCACUCACGUCAGUUUAUUCGCCAGAGUCAACCGAAAGAUCUACUCGCCAGGGUUACCCGUAACAGUUACUCGCCAGAUUUGAAAAAUAAACUGUACCAACACUGUAUAACACGGUGCAAAAGCAGUCAAUCAAUUUAUGGUGUCCGUUUUGGGCUUUCGGAUACUAACUUUAAUGUUGUUAAACUUAGUUUGAAUUUUAAUGGAGUUGGUUAAUUGGCUCUUUCAGAGAUUUAACAAGACAUGCCUGAGGCUUGCAUUACAAAAUGUGUAUUUUGAUUUCGCAUAUGGCUAAUAUUACUCAGAGUACAAUGCUAUAUAACAUACAGGGUACUGUCUUAAAAAACUACACACUUUUGAAAUGGCUGCCAAAAAUUAAAAAUGACUCUGGGGAAAAGGUUUGUAAUUCAACUCUCAUUUUUUCAUGACACAAAAAAGUCCGAAAAUAAUAUGCUUGGGUGCACUACUCACUUUUGUAAAGGUGUUGCUCAGGAAUUAUCCUUCCAAUUUUGUGAGAGGUAAGUCCUUUUGAGCUUACAAAUAGGGUGGAUAUGAUAAAUUCAUGAGCAAUUGUGAUCAGUUUGGGUUUGCUGGGUGAAUUUUAAGGUUUAUUUAACCAAAUUUGUAUGCAUUAGUGAACAGGAAUUGCAUUGUUUUGUGUAGCCGUGUAACUUUCCCCGGUAGACUCAGCGUGUGUUCAUGGGAGUCAGGAUGUUGCAAUUUCCAUGUUACAAGCUGUAAUUACAUCUGUGACUUUGAAUAAAAACCUUCAACCAACAUUUCAGUUAUUGUAAGAUCAGUCGAACAUCUCAUUGAUUUACUAAAUAACCAGACUGGGAUUUUGUAAAUUAAUACACAGUUUGUUGAAAAAAAGAAAAAGAAAAAGGGAAAUUCUUCAGGUUACCCAUUGAUCUGAAGAAUAAGUAGCCGACAUCUUGGAUUGAAUUUUGUAAGCUCGAAAGGACUUACCUCUCAGAAAUUGGAAGGCUAAAUCAUGCGCAACCUAAUUUUCAUACCCUUUACAAAAGUGAGCAGUGCUCACCCAAGCAAGAAUUAUUUUCGGACUUUAUGGUGUCAUAUGAAAGUUGACUCCAUAAGCUAUCCAUACAUAUAAAUAAACCUCCCCCAGAGUAUGAGGGACAACUCGUUUUCAAGUGGCCUUCCACUCUGUAGAUAGAAGUUUGCAUCUUUUGGAGUGAUUUCUCACUCUGUCCUGUGGAGUGAAACCCCUCUAAAAGAAUGAAAUAAUCACCAUGUGAGGGACAGCUCGAAAUGUAAACAGUGGUGUUUUUCACUCUUUUACAUUUCGUGCCCAUUUGGAUAUGUGAUAUGCUUAUCUAAUUUUCCCUCGUUUGGGCCCCAUUGGGGAAAAGGGAAAGAAAGAAAAGAAGAAAGAAAAGUUUGGCAGUGGAGGCGUUAUUAUUUUGUUCACAGUAGGCCUACUAGACUUUCGUGAUGUGUGAUCAUGCUUUUAUUAACCUUGCAUUUUGGCGUCAUCUCAAUUAGAAUGUGACCUUUUAUUGUGUGAGAUAUUUUUUACGAUUUUUGUUAGGAAAAUGUGUUUACAUGUUCACAGGCCCGUAAACCGGUUUUGCAAGGGUGGGGGAUAUUGAUUGUAUCCCACACAAUAAAAUUCACAUAGGUUUAUUCAAGAACCGCAUACGCAGAACUUUAAUUAACAAAGGCCCGUAUAAUACACAGCACGAAAGCCUAGUAGAACUACUGCGAAAAAGUCCAAUGACAAAAAAAAUCAAAAAAAGUAUUUACAAGCACGAUCUGCUGAAAGUUUAAUUAAUUCCUCAAAGCGUUUAUCUGAUCACGUGGUGGCAUUUGUUGUGGGCGUGUCAUUGAUCUGUCGAUCAGACAGUGCGCUCAGUCCUGAAAACUGUUAAAACCUACGCGUCAACUAUUUUCUCGUCAUAUUGUGCUCCUGUAAAACGGCUGAUAACUAUAAGUUGGUCAAAUCAUUUUGCCCAAAAGUUGGGUAAUAUUUUUUGACCAACAAUUGGGCAAGUUUGUUUACCACUAUGUUGGUUAAAAUGUUACCCAAAAAUGUAGUCAGUUGAUAUUUGAACCAACGUUGGGCAACCGUGUUGGGCAAAGAUUGUUACCCAACAAAAGUAGCAAUGAUUAAUUAUUUGUUGGUUAACCCUAACCUUUAACUAUCGGUUGUUGUUAGCAUCUUACCUAUAAUGUUUCAGAGAAGCACUCCAUUCCCCAGCCUCGAAGAGUAUUUUUUGACAGCCAGCCGCCAUGAUGUUGCUUGUGUGUGUAUGUGUAGGCCUACUACUACUAACUACAGUACGAACGUAGCUUUCAGAUGCUUGAUUUUGAGAUUUCAAAUUCUAAAUCUGAGGUCGUGAAAUCAAAUUCGUGGAAAAUUACU